AUGGAGGAAGGGCGUGCGCCGCUUCUGAAGCUGGCUCUGCACGACGUAACAGCCGCAUUUUUGGUGCUGCGUCUUCUACCUCCCCGGACCUGGUGGCAGCUGCGUGCUCUAUCGGCUGAGUGGAGGCAGCUUCUUGAUGAUCAUGCUGAAAGCUGUACUGACAGGUCAACAAGAUCACAAAUGUUUGGUGAGAUGGGGCGCGGCUGCUUCGGCUUGGUUAAGCUACUCGUGGAGGCCUCGGGGCCGUUGCGGACUGCCAAUGAAGAGGUUGACUUUGCAGGUUGUAUCUACAGGGCUGUGCACUAUGGCAGCGUGGGUCCGCUACAGCAGCUGCUUCGACCUCUCGCAGCCGAGUCUUUCGCUCGUCGGACCUUCGCCGUCGCCGUUCUUCGUGAGGCGCUGGUGCAAGCGGCAGUUGCAGGUGAUGCAGCAACGUGCCGCGCGGUAUUGCAGGAACACGGACCAAACUCAGCCGCUGCACUCUCGCGAAGAUUGGGCACCGAUGAUGCUCUCACGGCACUUAAGGCGGCUUCUGAUUGGCAUCUUAUGAGUCCCGGUGAGGUCUCAGAGCUGAGGCGCCAGGCAGUGGAUGAGGUCGGAAGUGUCUGCCAAGUGAUGUUUUCGGGCUGA